UCCAGUAAUUUGUUCCUUAUAAUUAAAUGGGUGACAGAUUUAAUAAAUCAAGAUUUUAUAACUGGCUGAUAUUUCUGUUCAGUUUCAGUAAUUUGGAUAAAAUUUAGAUUUUUAUUAUUUUCUACAUUUUUGCCAUAAAGUAUUUUUAUUUUAUUUUAAUUUAUUAUAAAUUUAACUACUAUUGUAAACAUGCUGAAUUUUAAAGUUAUCCCAGAAGACUACGUAAGGAAGGCUGCCAAAUGUGCGCAAGUGGCUAUCAGCUGCAGCAGAGCAGCACACCAAGCUGCUUUGCGAGGUUCCACCAAACUCAACCCUCAACUUGCUGCUUUGACUCCCAAGGUCCGUGCGUUCGUGGAGCGCAGCGCAGCGUUGUGCGAACCCGAACACGUGCAUGUAUGCGAUGGUUCUGAAGCCGAAGCCAGUGCGCUACUUCACCUGAUGCACCAGCAGGGCACCGUCAAACCACUGCCGAAAUAUGACAAUUGCUGGUUAACCCGCACUGAUCCAGCGGACGUAGCGCGCGUAGAGUCCAAAACAUUCAUCUGCUCGGAACACGAACGCGACGUUAUACCAGUCGCCCGCGCAGGCCAGAAGUCUGCUCUCGGCAACUACAUCACGCCGAACGAUUACGACAAAGCUGUUGCCGACAGAUUCCCUGGAUGCAUGCGGGGUCGCACAAUGUACGUGAUUCCGUUCUCAAUGGGCCCAGUUGGAUCACCUCUAUCCAAAAUCGGUGUGGAAGUAACAGACUCUCCAUACGUCGUUUACUCCAUGCGAGUUAUGACUAGAAUGGGUAACAAAGUCCUAGACGCCCUCCGCAAAGACGAGCACUUCGUGCGCUGCCUGCACUCUGUGGGUCGCACGAACGGAACCAGCACCAAUGGCUGGCCUUGUGACCCUCUGCGCACCAUCAUCCUACACCGGCCCAUCGAUAACGAGAUCAUAAGUUAUGGCAGUGGAUACGGAGGCAAUAGCCUGCUUGGAAAGAAAUGUUUCGCGCUGCGACUCGGGUCCGUUUUGGCUCGUCGGGAGGGCUGGCUGGCAGAGCACAUGCUGAUUGUAGGCAUAACCGACCCGAAAGGCCGCAAACGGUAUAUCGCAGCCGCUUUCCCUUCGGCCUGCGGGAAGACCAACCUGGCCAUGAUGAUGCCGACUCUGCCGGGGUACAAGGUGGAGUGUGUCGGCGACGACAUCGCCUGGAUGAGGUUCGACAAGAACGGAGUACUGAGGGCUAUAAACCCUGAGAACGGAUUCUUCGGAGUUGCUCCAGGGACCUCGACCGCAACAAACCCCAUAGCCAUGGCGUCAGUGUUCCGUAACACAGUAUUCACCAAUGUUGCUGAGACAGCUGAAGGCGGAGUAUGGUGGGAGGGCAUGGGCAAAGCUCCCGAGGCCUUGAUUGACUGGAAGGGACAGCCCUGGGAUCCCAGCAAGAAGACACCGGCAGCUCACCCUAACUCCAGAUUCUGCACUCCAGCAGAGCAAUGUCCAAUCAUAGACGGAGAUUGGGAAAGCGCUGAAGGAGUCCCAAUAUCAGCUAUUCUGCUAGGAGGAAGAAGACCAGCUGGCGUACCGUUGGUGAUUGAAGCGAGGGACUGGCAGCAUGGCGUGUUUAUGGGGGCCGCUAUGAGGUCUGAAGCUACUGCCGCUGCUGAACAUGCUGGAAAAGUUGUAAUGCACGAUCCAUUUGCAAUGCGACCAUUCUUCGGAUACAACUUCGGAGAGUACCUGCGCCACUGGCUCUCCAUGCCGCAAGCUGGGCGAAACAUGCCAAAGAUCUUCCAUGUCAACUGGUUCAGGAAGGACGAACAGGGUAAAUUCAUCUGGCCCGGAUUCGGCGAGAACUCCCGCGUAUUGGACUGGGUGUUACGUAGAUGUGACAACGAGCCUUGCCACGAGUCUACCCCGCUUGGCUUAGUACCCGCACCAGGCGCUCUAGAUAUCAGCAACUUGGGCAAUGUUAACAUGAAGGAGCUCUUCAGUAUACCCAAGGACUUCUGGAUGCAGGAGGCCGAUGCGAUAGAGAAGUAUUUCAAAGAAGAAGUCGGCGACGACCUGCCAAACGAAAUGUGGGACGAACUUAACAAACUUAGGAAGAAUAUUCAGCAGUCAUAG